AUGUUUGACGACAUCAGUUCUCUUCUGCCCGUAGAUCACAUGGUGGGGCUGCAGGAUGUGGCUUUCUCCAGUCGCUUGCGUGCUUUGGGUGGACAACGACUUCUCAUGAGUGUGAUAAGUUCCUACUUCCUUCUGAAUCAAGAAAGAUUCACCCACUUGCACCCGUUCAUCUGCCCGACGCCUGUUAACCAAAGGAUGACUUACACCAUCACUCAUCCCUCACUAAGUUCCCCUUAUGAUGUCAGCAUUACGUUCCUCCCAGCUGGACAUUGUCCUGGCUCUGUCAUGGUGCUAUUAGAGGGACCAGAUGGUAAUGUUUUGUACACCGGAGACUUCCGACUUUCACUAGAGGAUGUUCAGGCAAUGAAAGCCCUUCACAAAUUGGAUGGAAAACCCAAGACCAUCAAGACUAUUUACAUAGAUACAACUUUUUGCUCUGAGAAGGCCAUGCAUUUCCCUUCUAGGCAUGAGUCAGCUGAUAAGUUAGCAGAAGUCAUCCAGGAAUGGUUGAAUUUGAGCCCUUGGCAUGUGCAUGGCCGUGAUGUUGCUCAGGAAGGCCAGCUGAGAUGUGGCUUUAGGAGUGCAGAUGGAUAUCCUAUUUAUGUCAGAAUGAUAAAACCAUCUGUGAUGUGGUUUGCAGUGAGGAGUGAUAUGAGCGACAUCACAUCAGUGAGUGAAGAUUCCUCAUUUGUGCGUCUCUGCUACCCAACCCAUUCUUCUUGUUCAGAAAUCCUGGAUCUCAUCAAGUACCUAAAGCCAAUGCAGGCAGUUCCAAAUGUCAUUCCUUUUGGCUCAAGUAAAGAGAAGGUACUGGAGCUGUUGAAUUCAUUUCUGCAAAGAGAAAGACAGAGGAAAGGAAGUGAGAGCUCCUCUGAAGAGUUGUCAUUCAAGAGCAUACACCUUGAAGAGUCCCAGUUGUCAGGAGUAGGCAUGGUUCCAUUGGAUUCUUGUAGAAGUCAGGAAGGACCCAGUACAUAUGGUGAAGUGAAUCCACUUCUUCAAAGCACUGCUCACAGAUUGAGAGAAGAGGAAGAGGGAUGCUCUAGUAGUGACUGGUUGCUAAGAAAAAGCAUGAGAACCAGGAGGAGAAUCUUUGAGGAAACUGCUGAUGAACCAGCUUCAUUAAAAAGGAAAAGAAAGAACCCUGAAGAGGACAAGAUGUUGAGGUCUCUAAACAAUGUCAGCUCAGAAGAGGAAGGUGAAAGGCCAAGAGAUGUUCAGCUCAAGACAGUGCCAAAAGAAUCAUCUAAAUACCCAAGUACCCACAUUUAUAAGUUGGGUAGGAUAUCCAAUCCAGAGGUAGAAAGGACACCCAGUCAGGUAGAGGAAAGAUCAUCCAGUCAGGAGGCAGAAAGAACAUCUAGUCAAGAGACAGAAAGGACAUCCAGUCAAGAGACAGGAAGGACUUCCAGUCAGGACACAGAGGAGUAUUCCUGGUCUCAUUUUUUACCCAAGAUAGAAGAUGAGACAUCAACUCCUGACAUUCCAUUGGGGCCACCCACUGUGAUGAAAGAAGAUAAAGUUUUAUUAGAAAAAUCUCAGAACAAAGCUGGAAUGGAGUGGCAGGAAUUUCAUCCAAGAAGUCCAAGUAUGCCAUGUGCUGAAGUGAAAGAGCAAGAAGAAGCAGAGGGAAAUAUGGAUAAGGAGGAGAACAUUAGACCUGAGCAAAGGUCCAUCAUUGGGACAGCAUAUUCUGGAUCAGUGCUAUUCAAUUCUUCCCCUCCAGCUCCUCCAAAAGUUACCUAUGAGUCUCAGCUACAGCUGGGAGUAUCAGGAAGCCAGAAAAACUCAUCACUUUCCAACAAGCCCCAGCAUAUGUUUGACAUCAUUGACAUUUUUUGUUCCCCUGUCAAGUCAGACCCUGGAUCCAACACUUCAUCACAAGAGAGUAACACCUCAAUACAACACUCCAGCCACGAAUCAUCACAAAGGAGUGAAAUCUCAACAGUGCAAUCCAUCCAUGCAUCAUCACAAGAGAGUCAUGUCUCAGAAGUACAACCCAUGAAGGAAUCAUCACAAGAGUGUCUGGGGUCACCAGUUGAAUCCACUCAAGAUGGAGGAAAUCUGACACAAAGUGCCCAUUUCACAAAUGGGAACCUUGUGUCAGACAAAGCCAGCCUUGAAACUUUGCUAGUAUCAAGUCAUCAACUGACUGCUGAUUGCCUCAUUCAAAGAGAGUCCAUCCUUGCAUGCAUGAAGGAACAGGUCCAAGAACCUACCACAAUAGAGGAACGUGAUUCCUCAUCUGCAUAUCCUCGUGAGAAGAGUCCAGAUGUGAUAUUCUGUAGAUCCAGCACUUCCUGGCUAUCUGCUAAACUCUGUGCCUCAUCAACAGUGUUUAAUGGCAAAGGUGAAAUCCAGGGAAAUGCCUAUGACAUCAGACAGCGAUAG